UCUACUAGCCCUAGGGCCUCAAGUCUAGUCUAAUCCCCGUCGGCUUUAGUAAUCUCUGGUCUAUUAAAAGCUCAGUAUAGUUGUGCUGUACAUAAAAAAAUAUCGAAUAUAAUAAAAGAAUCUCAAAAAUAUUACCAUACCUACUGUAUCGAUUUUAAUAACAUCAUCGCUUCUCUCAGUCAGAAAUGUCAAACUGAGACUUUAUAAAAUUUCAUUUAUUGUGAUUCUUGGAGUAAUUAAGAGUGAAAUAAUUCAAUCAAAUCAUAUUGUAAAACCUACGUAUAGCUAUGUGCCACUCUUUUCACUGCAAACAAAAUGUGAUGGAUUAGUGAAGGUCACAGCUUCCGUGGAAACAAGUAUCGACGUCAGUUACCGUAUCCGCGCGUUUUAGACUUGAGCGUUUGUGAACGACACGGUUUACGUAACGAGAGCUUGACAUUACUUUUCACGGAUAAGGUGAAUAAAAUUCUUAUUGUACCAAGGGAAAGAAUUAGUGAACUACACCAAGAUGUUAAGCGUAUGGACGAGGACAACACGCGCAGGACGCGUUCUGGAGCGCUCGCUGUCGAGUAUCGUAGAAUUGCCCAAAUUCCAAGACUUUGGCGUACAGAAUGAACCAGUGUUGGAGUACCGGGAGGGCAGCGGCGAGCGCGCCGCCCUGGCCGCAGAGCUGAAGCAGACCGCCGCAGUCACCGAGGAGGUGCCUAUCGUGAUCGGCGGCGAGAGUAUCCGGGAGGGCGAGCCGCGGUUUCAAGUGAUGCCACACAAUCAUUCCAAGAAGAUUGCCAAGUUCUAUUAUGCAAGUGAAAAAACCAUACAAAAGGCUAUUAAAGUGUCGGUCGACGCCCAGGCGCGUUGGGAUCGCACGCCGCUGCAGGAACGUAUUCGUAUUUGGCAGAAUGCUGCUGAACUGAUGGCUGGUGCCCACAGGCAGAAGCUCAACGCUGCCACCAUGUUGGGUCAGUCUAAGAGCGUCAUCCAAGCUGAAAUUGAUUCUGCUGCAGAACUAAUUGACUUCUUCAGAUUCAAUGUAUACUUCUUAAAAGAGAACGCUAAAUACCAACCUAUUUCUGAAAACCCUUCAGUCACAAGAAACUCUCUACGUUUCCGUGGUAUUGAUGGAUUUAUUGCAGCUAUAAGUCCUUUCAACUUUACAGCUAUUGGGGGUAACUUGGCAUAUACACCUGCUCUCAUGGGUAAUGGUGUAGUGUGGAAACCCUCAGACACAGCUCUUUUAUCUAACUGGAGGAUUUUUAACAUUAUGCGUGAAGCAGGACUCCCAGAUGGAGUUGUUAACUUUGUUCCAGCAGAUGGACCUACUUUUGGACGCACAAUCACAUCAUCUCCGGACCUGGCAGGUAUCAACUUUACUGGUUCCGUACCAACAUUCAACUGGCUUUGGAAUGAAGUUGGAAAAAACCUAAGUCGUUAUCGUAACUAUCCCAGACUUAUUGGAGAGUGUGGAGGGAAAAAUUAUCAUUUUGUGCAUCCUUCAGCUGAUAUUCAAUCUGUGGUCACUGCCACCAUUCGGUCUGCAUUUGAAUACAAUGGACAAAAAUGCUCAGCCUGCUCAAGGAUUUAUGUUCCCAAAUCUCUUGCUGAGCCAAUUAAGAAUGGCUUAAUUCAAGAGCGCUCCAAAUUAAAGAUAGGCGAUCCUGCAGACUUCAAAGUAUUUGCAGCAGCGGUCAUUGAUGAUAAGGCCUUCAAUAGAAUUACCGGCUACAUAAAGAAUGCGAAGAACAACCCAAAAAAUAAAAUAAUUGCUGGAGGUGAAUUUGAUGGCAGCAAAGGCUACUUUGUACAGCCCACUAUCAUUGAAACUUCGGAUCCACAUGAUAAACUGAUGACUGAAGAGAUCUUUGGACCUGUGCUUACUAUGUAUGUCUACGAUGACCGUGAAGUUGACAAGGCAAUGGCUCUCAUUGGAUCAUCAACCAAGUUUGCAUUAACAGGGGCAGUAUUUGCUAUGGAUAAAACUUUCUUGCAAAAGGCUCUUGAUGAGCUCAAGAUGACAGCUGGGAACUUCUAUAUAAAUGACAAAUCAACAGGAUCAGUUGUUGGGCAGCAGCCAUUUGGCGGGGGUCGCAUGUCCGGCACAAACGACAAGGCAGGUGGGCCUGGCUACGUGAUGCGCUGGACCACACCCCAGUCAAUCAAAGAGACCUUCGUGCCUCUGCGCGAUAUCGACUACCCCUACAUGCGGGACUAAACUCGGAAAAUAACAAUACCCUUUGAAAUUAAAGUAUCAGUACAAUAAUAAUAACCACAAACAUAUUCAAUAAAUUAUUUAUCAAUAUGACCUACUUAAGAUUGCAGAAUAAUUAGGCUUAAUAGAUGUUAUAUGAUAUGUUUUCUCACAAUGUAACUACAAAGUAUUAUUUCUUUAUGUAUUGAUUAGAUAUUUAGAGAUUUAAAAUAACUAUAAUAGAGUAAAUAAAAGUAACAAAUUACAAUAAUAUACACAAGAACAAUGGGUGUAUAAUUCGUAAAAGAUUGCUUGUGUAUAAUGUUGUAAGGUAAACAAAAAUGAAUAGGGUUACCUGUUAUGUGAAGUAGUGCACUUAUUGCAUUAGACUUGUUGAUUAUAAUGGUGAAAUUAAUGAUGUAACUAUUUGUGUAACUUGUCUGCAGCGGCGACUGUCCGCGCUCGCUAUCGCCCUGUGACUGUCUCUUAUCAAUUCUUAUUUGCUCUUAGUUCUUAUCAGUAACUAUUUUAUUUAUGUAAUAUUUGAUUUCCAGCUUCGCCUGCUCUCUGCCUCUAAUAAUUGCAUUUAUGCUUUUUGUUACCUUAGUACUACUCGUUUGUUGUUUAAACGUAACCAUUGUUUGUUAUUUAGUUUAUCAUUUCAGGUGCUAGUUCCUGUUACUUGUUUACCUAUAUUACUAAGUUGAUCUUUAAUUCCAAUAAAAUAUAAUAUAUGAAUAAGAA